AUGGGGUUCAAGCCUGUCGUGCCGGAAAGUUCGCCUUUCACGUUGCAGAACAUACCAUUUGGGGUGGUCUCGACACAGCAAGACCCCUCACCGCGGUGUGCAACGGCCAUUGGGGAACACGCCGUGGAUCUCAGGACUUUGAGUAAAGCUGGAUUCUUCAACGAUACGGAAGUUACGGAGGCUCUAUCGCAGCUCAUCGAAACCCUGCGCCAGGCAAAUCUCAACGUCUUUGCCGCAUUGCCGUCGAAGACACGGACAGCAGUACGAGAACAACUCAUCUCAGCUCUCAAAGAUGGCUCGUUACCGGAAGAGAGCGCCCUGAAGCUGUCUGAAGUGCAGUCUCACUUGCCAGUCAAUAUCCCAGAUUAUACCGACUUCUUCUGCUCGUUAGAACAUUGCCAGAAUUGUGCACCUAUGAGCGGUGGAAAAAUCCCAGAGAAUUUCUUCAAUUCACCUUCAGCAUAUAAUGGCCGAGCAUCGAGCGUGAUACCUUCGCCAUCACUAGUUCGACGACCGAGGGGCGUUUACUGGAAGCCUGGUAACAAGGAAGCCGAGUACGGUGUCUCCAAACUUGUCGACUUUGAACUAGAAAUGGGAUACGUCGUCUCGAAACCGGUGCCGUAUGGAGAGACCAUGAAGGUGGACGAUGCUCCCGAGCAUAUCUUUGGCUUCGUGCUUCUGAACGACUGGUCGAGUAGAGACAUCCAGAUCCACGAAAUGCCACCUCUGGGUCCAUUCAAUUCCAAAUCCUUUGGGACAACGAUCUCACCCUGGAUCAUCACUUUAGAUGCGUUAGACGCAUUCAGGACCGCGCCUAAGCACAAGACGAACCCUCUCGAACACUUACGGUUUGCCGACUUCAAUCGGGGCACCUUCGACAUCAAAUUGGCCGUUCAUCUUGAACGGGAUGGUCAGCGUCACAAACUCUGCACCAGCAACCUCAGUUACCUAUACUGGACGCCCUUCCAGCAGCUGACGCAUCACGCCUCAGCGAACUGUGGCAUUCGCACGGGCGACACGAUGGGCACGGGGACUAUCUCGGGCGACGGCGUGGGCGAGGAUGGCAAGAAGUAUGAGUUGGGCUGCUUAUUCGAAGCAACCCAACAUGCAACUAAACCUCUGAAGUUUGAAGGUGGUGUCGAGGUGGGCUAUCUGCGCGAUGGAGAUUCGGUGGUUCUAUCAGCAUGGUGUGAAGACGCCAGUGGCAACCAAGUGCUGGGCUUCGGCGAAUGCCGUGGCCAACUUGUUGGUCCAAAUGCGCCAAUCAAAAAUGUGACAAAUUACUAG